GAAAUGACAACUCUCAAUAUCAACAUGUUUUGGGUUUUCCCGAAAUUUGUUCGCGUUUUUAGCGAUUCCAGAAUCUAGUUUGAUUCAGGUUGUGUUAGUUUAGAUUUUGCAUAAAACAUGCAGCCAAAAUGUGUAGUACAAUAGUAUCAGAAGAUUUAGAUUUCAUUGAAAAUGAGUUGAAUUUCAGUGAUAAGAUCUCAUUGUUUUUUCUGCUGUACGGCCACAGAAACCCGCAGUACCUAUUACAAACUUUAGCAGUGAUAAGCAAGAAUUUAAGCGAGGAGACUCACUUACUUCAAGAUUGGAUUUCAUACGUAAAAGAUAAAUGGCAGUCAGAGUUAUUAGAAGCUUUAGUUAUCAUUCAAGCGAAUCUUUGUUUGCUAAAAAGUGGCUUCGACGAUGUCGAAUUAAAAGAACAAUUCUUGCCAUUUAUAGCAGAGCUGGCUACCUUUGUUAAUCCAGUCUUGAAGAGUCUGUAUUUACUGUGUGAAAAGUUAGACGACACAAUUACCGGCAAACUGCACGAUUAUUUUAAACGGGAUAAUGGUUUGGUGGUUCAAGAUCGAAUGCAUUUCGAACUGGUUCUGUUAGAUUUAAUAUGCCAAGGAGCAGUCAAACUUGGCUGUAAGAAAACCGGUGAGCAGUGCGACUUGCUGGUUCUGGUAGCAGCAUUUAAGACUCUGGAUCUGUAUGAUUUGGCCGACUUUUGUAAGAAUAUAGCGAACAAUUUCAAUAAAGGCUUGACGGUGAAUCCAAAUCAAUCGGACAACGCUAAGUCUGCCACUGCAUUCCAGCAAACGCCAGAGUCAAAAAGGCAGCAAUUCGAAGACACGCCGUCAGACGCGUACAUCAUUUCAAAUCAAAAUGCAGGAAUAGUUUUGAUUAUCAAUCAAUUUACCUUCUAUAGGGAAACUAAUCCAGAACUAGCUGAGUUGUUACCUUUGAAGCCACUCUGCAACCGUAGAGGAACAGAAGUGGACAAGUUGGCACUUCUGAACUUAUUCUCCGCCUUUGGUUACGAUUUGAUCGAGACAGAUAAUGUCCCUCACGUGGAAAUCUUGAAACAGGUUGAAAAUGCGGUUGUUCAAAUGAGAGCCAGUCAUCGUUCGUUGGUGGUUUGUCUGUUGUCUCACGGCCAGGAGGGAAAGGUCUACGGUAGUAAUAGCAUUCCAGUUAGCGUGAAAGCAAUCGAGCAGGCAAUGGCAGCGGAAAAGUUAACCGGUAAGCCAAAGUUACUGUUCGUACAAGCAUGCCAGGGAUCGGAUCUCCAGUCGGCCGUGGAAAUUCCACGGCUGGAACACGAUGGACCGUCCGCGGAGAAGACCGCAUCUGUAUACGUUGACUUUUUGGUAGCGUGGUCAACGGUGCCGGGCUUUGCGUCGGUGCGUCAUAUCGAGAAGGGAUCCUGGUUUGUUCAGGAGCUGUGUUUAAAACUACGGCAAUUGCAUGUUAAGGACCAUUUAAUGGAUAUACUGACAGCUGUGAUAAACGAUGUUUCUAGCAAACGGGGUUACGGAAAUGAAUGCAUGGUGCCUAUAAUUAAAAGCACGCUUAGGAAAAAGCUGUACUUCGAACCAUUGAAAGAUAAGUGAGGUUUAACCCUAGUCUUGUAUUUAUAUGGCAAUAAAACUAUUUUUUAACCUAA